AUGUCUUCUUUGAGUCCCUACGCCAAAUUAAAUGAAGCCGAGCAAGCAAGGCUCGAGGCUCGCCGGAAAACCCGAAAGAGAAUAGCAAUCGUAAGCUUAUCCUCCAUAAUCCUCGUCGGAGUUGUGGUUGCUACGGUACUUGGAACUGCUUCUAAUCGUUCUGAUGCCAAAAAAGCUGCCGGCGUAGACCACCAACCACUUGCCUCUUCUAUAAAAGCAAUGUGCGAUGUUACUUUUUACCCGGAUUCAUGCCAAAGGACCCUCGGUUCUCUAGAAAACUCCAAGGAGAUCCAGCCGGCGGCGGUGUUCAAGUUGGCAGUCCAAUCAGCCAUGGCUGAAUUGUCCAAUGCUGCUCUACAUUUAUCUGAGUCCGGCAUUCUUGACGGAAUCUAUGAAAACAUGACGGCCACGGCUCUCGAAAACUGUCAUGAACUUCUGAGUCUUGCGUUGGAUCAUCUCAAUGGCACGUUAUCGGCUGGUUCUAAAUCGUUGUUUCAAGUUAUGGAUGAUCUGAAAACAUGGCUAAGUUCUGCAGGUACGUACCAACAAACGUGCUUAGAGGGCUUCGAGAGUGCAAGUGGAGCGUUAAAGACCGCCAUUACUAAUCACCUCAAGAACUCUACUGAACUAACCAGCAACAGCCUCGCCAUCACCAAAUGGAUGUCGGAAGUCUUUGGCUCUGUGAAGCUAAGACGGCGGCUAAUGAGUUUCCCUGAGCAGCACGGCCAUGAUCAAGAGCCAGAGUGGCUGCAUCCAAAAGAUCGGAAGCUGCUUCAAAGUUCGGCCGAUUUCAGAAAGAUUGCCAACAUAGUUGUGGCGAAAGAUGGAUCUAGUAAGUACAAAACAAUUACAGCAGCGCUCAAGGACGUUCCGGAGAAAAGCAACAAGAGGUUUGUGAUCUACGUGAAGAGUGGAGUUUAUUACGAAAAAGUGCAGGUGGACAAGAAAAAGUGGAACGUGGUGAUGGUUGGCGAUGGAAUGACUGCAACAAUUGUAUCUGGGAAUCUCAACUUUGUGGACGGGACGCCAACUUUUUCAACUGCAACAUUUGCUGUGUUUGGCAAGGGCUUCAUUGCACGAGAUAUGGGGUUCCGUAACAACGCGGGUGCAAUCAAGCAUCAGGCUGUGGCUCUAAUGUCAAACUCAGACCUAUCAAUCUUCUACCGAUGUCACAUUGAUGCAUUCCAAGACACCCUCUAUGCACACGCCAAUCGACAGUUCUACCGAGAAUGCGACAUUUACGGCACAGUUGAUUUCAUCUUUGGAAAUUCCGCUGUUGUGUUGCAGAACUGUAAUAUAUUCGCCAAGGUUCCCAUGCCAGGCCAGAAGAACACCAUCACAGCUCAAGGGAAGAUUGACCCUAAUCAGAAUACUGGAAUCACAAUACAAGAUUGCACCAUAUCACCUUUUGGAGACUUGAAAUCUGUCCAGACAUAUCUUGGACGGCCAUGGAAGAACUACUCCACAACUGUGUUCCUCCGAAACAACCUAGGAAGCUUAAUCGACCCCAGCGGAUGGUUACCAUGGAUAGGGACAUCAGCCCCAAGCACCAUAUUUUAUUCGGAGUAUCAGAAUUAUGGCCCCAGUUCUUACACAAAGGACAGAGUCAAGUGGAAGGGGUUGAGAACCAUUAACAAUCAAAUAGCCAGCAAAUUUACAGUCGGUUCGUUCAUCCAAGGGAACUAUUGGAUAGAGGCGGCAGGUGUACCCUACAAAUAUGGCCUGUGAUUGUGAUAAUUUUCUUGCAGUCUUUCCAUCGUUUGGAAGAGAUCAUGUUUGGUUUUUGGUCUAUAUAUA